AUGGCCAGUACUCUGAGGAAUAUUAUUGUUGUUGGAGGGUCAUAUGUAGGAAAGACCACGGCCCAAGAGCUCGCGCAGGUGGUGCCAAAUACGCACAGGGUUCUCCUCAUUGAGCCACACAGUCAUUUCCACCAUCUAUUUACCUUCCCUCGGUUCGCAAUCGUGCCCGGACAAGAACACAAAGCUUUCAUUCCAUACACGGGGAUUUUCCCUUCCACCUCAAGCCUAACCCAACAUGCCGUAGUGCAAGCCAGGGCUCUAUCCGUGCUGCCGCAACAUGUCAAGCUGGACCGUGAAUGGCAAGGUUCUCGUCAGAUUCCCUUCGACUAUCUCGUUGUCGCGACGGGUACCCGUCUCGUCCAACCGGCAGGUAUGAGACAUGACGACAAGCUAUCAUCAGUCGCAUAUCUCCAAAACCACCAGAACGACGUCAAGAAGGCAAAGUCCAUUCUCAUCGCGGGUGGCGGCGCAGUCGGUGUUCAGAUGGCAACGGACCUAAAGGAAUUCUAUCCUGAAAAGGAAAUCACAGUGGUGCAGUCUCGCCCCCAGUUAAUGUCGGGAUUCCACGAAGGGCUGCAUGAACUUGUUAAGGAGCGAUUUGAUGAGCUUGGAAUCAAAUUCGUCACUGGAGCACGCGUCAAAAUCCCUGCCGAGGGAUAUCCCACUGAAGGAGGUGCAUUCAAUGUCGAACUCACCAACGGCACACAACUAUCGACAGAAUUUGUGAUCUGUGCUACUGGUCAAACGCCAAACAAUGGUCUUAUCAGUGAACUUACCCCCUCGACGUCCGAGUCUCUGAUCAACCCCGAUAAUGGCUUCAUCCGGAUUCGCCCUACGAUGCAAUUCCUUGACCCCAAAUACUCCAACUUGUUCGCAGUCGGGGACAUCGCAGAUACAGGACUGCGUAAGGCUGCUAGACCCGGUUCAGCGCAGGCCGCUGUUGUCGCCAAGAACAUUCAGGCGAUGAUCGAGGGGAAGAGUCCCGAAGAUGUCUUUCCUCGGAUGCCGGCAGCGAUCCAUUUGACGCUAGGAAUGGUGAGUUGA